GGCAAGCAGGUGUGCCAGUUACCCUACUGCUAAUUACACCAAGGUGCUGCAGGCUCCUCAGAUGCUGUGUGCCCAGUUCUGGCUUGGAUGUUUGUGUUGUCGUUCAUGGAGCAGGACCUGCUUUCCUCAGGUAAAUGCAACAGGAGCCUUUCAGUAGCCAACAGGAGUUGGGGAAUCAAGCAACACUAAAAGAAGACUCUGACAAUGUUCCCGCUGGUCAUUGUGACCCCAGAAGCCUUAAGCCUUUUAUCCCCCUGAAAUAGCACUCUGAGCAUGGGUGUGACUCAGACUGCAGAGGAAGUGGAUUGAUGCUGAAGUGCCUUAAUGUGCUCCUGUCUCCACACUGCUUCGUGCCUAAUGCGUCUGCUGGCAGGAUCAAAUCCCAACAGAGCGAAGUAACCAGAAUCCUCGAUGGGAAAAACAUCAAAUACGAGCUGGUGGAUAUCUCCCAGGACAACGCUCUCCGGGAGGAGAUGAGGGCGAAGGCAGGCAACCCCAAAGCCAUCCCGCCCCAGAUCGUCAACGGAGACCACUACUGUGGGGAUUACGAGCUCUUUGUGGAAGCGGUGGAGCAAAACACCCUGCAGGAGUUCCUGAAGCUGGCCUGAGCCCCGGCUCCCCUCCCGUCCUGGACUCUUAUCUGCAUUCCUGAGCACCCUCAUCUCCGACCACCUUCACUUCCAGGUUGUCAGAGCUGUCCUGGCACCGCGACCUGUAUCCCAGCGCAGGGAAACCCAUGACCAAAACUACUCAUUGCAGCUGCCUAUGAUUCCCUCCUGCCUACCCCUGAUAUCAUCUCAGAGGGAUCCAAAGAAAGUCUGACGCUCGCUGCGCAUGGCCUGUGAACAAAGCUGGGCCUGGCUCACACCGCAGCUUCCAGUGCCUCUGUAAACAGCAAAGCCUCCGGGGCUGUGCGAAGUGCAGCGGCCCGUCAGCCCUCUCCUCUGCAGGGAGAGCUGCUGCUUCAGGAGGGAAGAUCUUAGGGUUACAUGUUACUUCCCACUUCUCCCAGUUGCUCUUAAAAUUGUAAAUCCUGCUGCCUCACUUGCUUUUUCUCUUUUUUUUUUUUUUUCUUUUUUUUUUCAUCUCAACCCCAGAGAUUAUGGAAACUAAGUCAAUUUGUUUGUUUGUUUGUUUUAAUUUAAUGCAAAAAUACUGCACAGAGCUGGGGUCUGACCACCCACUGCAGGAGGAGGCUGGGGCGAAGGCUGGUGUCACUCGGCGGGCUGCCUGGGGGGAUGGAUGGGCCUAGAAGUGGGACCUGGGCUGCUCCAGCUGCCCUCGGCCGCGAUGCGGUGCCAGGGCUCCCUCGUGAGCGUUAAUGGCUCAGGGCUGCUCCAGUACAGCUGAUGCUCCAGCUGUCUUAUCUUUCCUCUUUGAGUUGGCUUUUUUGCAACCUGGACCAAGUGCAUUUUGUUUUCCUGCCAAAAAGCAAGUUUAUAACCAGUGUUGUCUUCCGAGAUGCUAUUAAAUGUUACUGUACCUUUCA